AUGGUUAAACGAAGGACCGGCUGGUUCGCUGAGGGAGAGGACUAUGGCGGUGCAGCUAACUUGGGCUUGCGACGACGCUGGCCAAGCCACGAGUUGGGACUCAGGCAGGGAUUCUUCACUUUUGCUCGUACGCUGACCAAGGCAAGCGAGAGGAGCAUUGGUCGAGAGAGUGAGAUGUCCAGUGUUGCUGGGAAGGAAGCUAAUGGUGGCCGCAAGCGGAGCACGAAUAUCAUUGAUUAUGGAUUGUUGAUCGCCAUGUUCCAAACUUCAACGCAAGUCAUCAAUUGA